CUCGAAUCAAAUUUAAAAAUCCAACGCUCCGCUUUGGCCUCUUUCUCUUCUCUACCGUCAGCGACUUCCAUCUGUUCAUCCCUCAACGCUCCUCCUCCUUGAAACCCCUCUCUCAUCUGCAAUUCCUUCCUCUCUUGCUGUUGUAAUCGACCCCGAUUCGUGCCAAAAGCGCCGGAAAUCGGAUCUUUCUCCGUUUCUUGCUCUUCUGGGCGAUUCUUGAACCCCUUCGAAACCUCCAAUGGCGACUCUGGCACCUGGGAUCCUAAUGAAGCUCCUCAACGGAAUGAACACGGGGGUCAAGCCCACGAGCGAGCACCGGAGCUCGCUCUUGCAGGUCACGGACAUCGUGCCCGCCGACCUGGACGAGAAGAACCUCUGGCCCAAGCACGGGUUCUACAUCAAGAUCUCCGAUUCCUCGCACUCCAUCUACGCCAGCCUCCCCUCGGAGCAAGACGACUUCGUCCUCAGUAACAAAAUGCAGCUUGGCCAGUUCAUUUACAUCGACAGGUUAGAGCCGGGCUCGCCGGUUCCUGUGGUCAAGGGCGCGAAGCCUCUCCCGGGACGGCACCCGCUGGUCGGCACGCCGGAGCCGAUCAUGGGUCUUCGACAAAAGGGCGAGAGGAAUGACCUUGCGAAAUCAGUUUCGAGGGUUUCGUCUUCUAGAAGAGGCUCUUGGGGCAGAGGGCCUGGUGGUGGAGGAGAUAGCAUUUCAUCUCCGAUGGCUUUGAAGCCGGUCCCGUUGGAUUUCGAUCAGUGCACGCCGGUGAAAGAGCGGGCUAGUUCUUCGGUGAGGAAUCUGUCGGUUUCGCCUCUGAUCAGAGGGAGGUUGGUGAGGGAUACGAGUUCGGGUGCAGGAAUUCGGUCCUCAGUCGGUGGUGGGCUUUUGGCGAAGAUGGUGGAUGCCAAAGAAGAGAGUCCUGCUAUGCUCAGAAAGAGCUGCAUUACGCCGGCAUCAAAAUUUCCCAGAAGCAGGAGUGCCUGUGACAGGGAAGCAAGGGUCACGGUGACUACCUUCAACUCAGCUGAAAAGAAAAGCGUGACCCCGCCGCCAAGUAUGAGGAAGGCGAGAGGAGCGUCCGCUUUGAAUGCAGAUGGAGAUGGACAGACACCCUCCGUGUCAAAGGCCUCGUCAAAAUCACAAGCCCAGUUUGCUAAUCCAGCAGGGGAUAAUAGUGGCACCAGUUUGCCUAUGAACUUGCCUGGAAAGCUUAGUAUUUUAGGCAAGGAGGCCGUGUCGCAGCGUGAGGCAGCUCAGAAAAUCGCUCUCCAGGCACUAAGAGAUGCUUCAGCAACCGAAACUGUAGUCCGGUCGCUAAAGAUGUUUUCCAACUUAAGCAGAUCGGCAAGGGCAGAUGCUCCUGCGGCCUGCUUCGAUAAGUUCCUGGAGUUUCAUCAGCAAAUCUUGCAAGCGGUGUCCGAUAUGGUGUCCAUUCAGGCGGCCACUGAUAUGGCUCAAAACAAGGACCUCCAGGACAAGGACAAAGAACCCGAACAGGAUUCCCAAAUCUUACACGAAAUAGCAGACAAUUCGAUGGAGCCAUCCCGGCACUCAGACCUAAGCUCGUCCAGAAGACGAAACCCGCUCUACAAGUCCGUGGCAGCGAUACCUGAUACUAGCAGAAAGAUUCUGAAAUCCAAUGCCAACCCGAAAUUCCCCUCGGAGAGGAGAAUCCCGUCGACUCCUCUCGGCAAGAUAGCCCUCGAAAGCAUCGGUGAGAAUGACGAAAACAAGAAACCGGCUUCGGGUAGCUUGAGCAACACGAUCAAAUUGGGAAAACAGAUCGAAGCGGAAGCUGGGAAGUGGUUCAUGGAUUUCCUGGAGAAAGCACUGGAGGCAGGAUUGAAGAAAUCAAAGGGAGCGGGCGAUGGGGACGCCAAGAAAGUGCCACAGUCGCUCAUCAUCAAGGUCAUAAACUGGAUAGAGGUCGAACAAUGCGACAGCACAAAGCAUCCGGUCCAUCCUAAGGCGACACAGAUUACCCGGAAGCUGAGAAUAAAGAUGAAGAACCCUUGAUGAUCUUCAGGGGCUUGUGAUGUGUACCAAAAAUCUACUGCUGUAAAAUCAGAUUCGCGGAGGAUCUGAUAUGAUGUUGAUUCUUGCGUCACUAAUAUAGUUGAAGAAAUUUGUUUUAUUUGUGA